AAAAAAUUUACUGUUUACCGUUAGAAGUGGCAAAAUCGGGUUUUUUUUCUUCUUCCCUCUCCCUUGGUCUUAUCCCCACAUGAACAAGACUUGAGAGAUUAGAGCAAACAGCGAAAAUCCAAAGCAGCAGCAGCAACAGACAGCUGGAUUAACUUCCUUCUCUUCUCUUCUUUCUUUAGUAUAUCGUUCUUGUUUCCUUGCUUGUAACCAUUGUUCUUAUUUUUAUUCAUUAUUUAUAAUAUUUUUUUAACAAUUUCCACACACACACACUUUCUUUUCUUUCUUUUUUCUUCAAUUUCACCAACUCAGUAAUUUUUCUAUUUCUCUUAUUAUUUAUUGCGUUUUCGAGUGCUAAUUAUUUUUUUUUUUAAAAAAAGAGGAUAAAUAAAAGAAUGUCCAAGAGUAUGACCAAGAGCAAUGGCUCUGCAACCCAAGAAAAGGACACAAAUAUCCAAGUUGUCGUUCGGUGCAGGGAGUCGCCUCUGAGAACCACAACAAGCAGCUCAUCGAUAGUCGUUCAUCCGGUUUUCGGUCAGGACGUCAAAAUCGAUGGGCCAUCGUCCAUUGCGCGAUCCUACCAGUAUGACGGGGUAUUCGGCCCCAAAGCCACGCAGGAGCACAUCUACGACAAGAUCGUCAGUCCCAUCCUCAACGAAGUACUCCUAGGAUACAACUGCACGAUCUUCGCCUACGGCCAAACAGGAACAGGCAAAACAUACACGAUGGAGGGUGACCUGGACUCCGGAUCAUCCGGUAAUGCGCCAAUGAUCAGCACGCCAAUGACCUCUCGCACGCAGCCUCCGAUGUUCGCUACAGCAGCGGCGGCGGCAGCUUUGGGGACUAAUAGCGCGCGGAUAUCAUCUAAGGCCGGAAUUAUUCCGCGCACACUGUAUAAUCUGUUCUACGCCCUGGACAAGCAGUCUGCAGAGUACUAUGUUCGCGUGUCGUAUGUUGAGCUGUACAACGAGGAGCUGCGUGACCUUCUGGCCAAUAACCCCGCGGCGGAUAAUGCCCAGGGCAGGGUGUUUGGCGGCGGCUUUGAGUCUUCCAAUGGACACCUGAAGGUGUACGACUCGGGCGCCGAGAAAGGAGUCAUUAUCCAGGGCCUUGAAGAGAAGAUCGUUGGCAGCGCCAAGGAGGCCAUGGGGUUUAUGCAGAGCGGGUCCAUCCGGCGCAAAGUCGCUGCAACCAGGUGCAACGACUCGAGCUCGCGCUCGCACGCUAUUUUCACAAUCAGCGUGUUUAUUCACGAGCGCGCCGUGACGGCCGAGGGCGAGGACAUUGUCAAGAUAGGCAAGCUCAACUUGGUGGAUCUCGCAGGUAGCGAGAAUAUCGGCCGCAGCGGUGCCCAGGAUAUGCGCGCAAGGGAGGCUGGAAACAUUAACAAGUCGCUGCUUGUGUUGGGCCGAGUCAUCAAUGCCUUGGUCGAGCGCAACUCAUAUGUUCCUUAUCGGGACAGCAAGCUGACGUAUAUCAUAAAGGACGCCCUGGGCGGUCGCACAAGGACCUGCAUGAUUGCGACGAUCAGCGACACAGUGACGAAUAUCGAGGAGACCAUCAAAACACUGCAGUAUGCAAGCCAGGCCAAGGGCAUCCGCAAUCGGCCAGUGGCCAACAAGAGAGUGUCCAAAUCUGAGAUUGUCCACGACAUGCAGCACCAGAUUGAUCAGCUCAAGAAGGAUCUGGAGGCGGCGCGUGACAGCACCGGGUUCUUUAUGGCCAAGGACUCGUACGACGAACUCAUGCUUGAAGUCAAAACCUCGCGCGAGAAAUCCAACGACUGGAAGCUGCGCGUCGACAUUCUUGAGGAGCAAAUAGAGAAAGUCGGCAGAGAACACGCGGAGCUCGAGCAACACCACAAGGCAACCAAGAUUGCACUGGCUGACUCGGAGCAGAUGCUCGACAGGGCCAGGGUUGCUUUCGCAGUGGCCCAGAAGCAACUCGAUGACCAAAGGGUCCUGACACGCGCACAUGCCCUCCACGAAAACUCUCUGGAUACUGCCGCGCGCGAGCUCUACAACACGCUGGCUGCUGCGGAUACUGACGCGCAGCAACUGCAGGAGAAAAUCUCCCGCAUGGCUGAUCGCGAAAGGCGCAACCUGCGCGCUGCCAAGAAUAUCGAGCAAAAAGUCAGAGACGAAACCACGCGCGCACUGGCUGCCGUCAAGGGACACUCGGAGCGCGCCGGCGAGCAGACUGCGCAGCUGUUGGAUACCUUGCGGUCGCGUGUUGGCGAUGAGUUUGAGGCUUCGGUGGCCGAGACUGUGCGCCAGCACGUGGAUGCGCUCAAUGCUGAGCUUGCGACGAUUGCCGGCGGCGCCGAAUCUCAGGGCAGUCAGAUCGCGGAGGCGUGCGAGAAGACCCUGGUUGCCUUCGGCUCGCUGGUUGGAUCGCUCGCCGAGGGCACGCAUGAGGCGUCGGCAAAGUGCGCCACAGCUUGUGCUGAGUACAUGGCCUCUGUUGGCUCCACUCUCAAGCAGCAGGAUCAGGCAAUGGCAGUUAUGUCAGCCUCAGUACUGCAGCUUGUUGAGGCUGGCCGUGACGAGGCCGCUGCUAAACAGCAGGAGUCACAGUCUCUGGCUGCGCAGAUCAUCGAGGAGCUCACGCGGCACGCUGCGGCGCUGACGCAGAAGCAUGCGGCUGAGGUCGGUGCGCUGCAGACUAAGGUAUCUGCGCUGGCCGGGCAGGCGCAGGACGCGGAUGCUCGGCUGGUGCAGAGCAUUCAGGCGAUGCUUGUGGAGCGCAGGGAGCGCGAGGCCGAGGCCAUGGCGGAGAUGCUGCAGACGGCCAAGGCGCAGGCUGAAGAGAACACCACCGGUGCCAAUGCCAUGCUCGAGCAGUCGACUGGGAUUAGCCGGCAGGCUGGGCAGUUGGCUGGUUCGCUCACUACGCGUAUCUCACAGAUCCAUGGCGAUAUCGGUGCUAGUAUGGACGCCGCCUUAAGUGACUCUGCCGCUCGCUCGGCGAGUCUCGGCUCCCUCGCGGCCACGCACGCUGAUGGCAUGCAGAUGACUGUCGAUGCCACCAUGGCCAGCGUUUCUAAUGUGCAGUCGGACUCUGCUGCGCUUGUCGCAGAUAUUCGCAAGGGGCUUGCUGGCAUGUACGAGCUGGCCAGCAGCUCUAUUGGCCAGGGCACCCAAGUGUCUACUGUGGCCGUGCAGCGUGUCUCGGACGUCACAGGCGGCGCGCUUGGUUCCUGGCGCACUGCCCGCACGGAGCUGGACGGCUUGGCACAAACGCAGUCCUUGGAGCUUCAGGAUGUCGCUACUGAGCUCGGUCGCGGCAUCACGGCCAUUGCCGACGUCGUGUCGCAUGAAUCAUCUGCAGGAAUCGCGCCCACUGUGUGCGGAGGCUCAACGCCGCCGAGACGCAAGUACGAAAGCGUCAACCAGUGGAACGUCACUAGGGACCAUGACUACAUUCUGGCGAAGCUCACUGAGCUCGAAAGAAGUGACCAAAUUGAUCAAAUUGAUCAAAUUGAUCAGCAGCCGAGAGAGCAGCUUGGCUGGACGGGUAUCACGGUUGCCCCUGGAGCGCCUAUUUCUUUGGCGCCCAUGGACAUUGGCUCUGAGGAUUCGGACGACAUGCAGAUGGCUGGCGGCGAUACCAGCACACCAGUGUCUGCGAUAAGCGUGCAGACCCUUGUGUCGCCUGAGUCCACCACCAAAUCUAUGCUCAAGAGACCGUCGGAGAAUAUUGCGUCGCCGAUGACCGACUCGGAAAUGCAGCAGCCACCGACGAGGAGGCCGCGCACGUUGAGCUCGCGCCAUUCGGGAUCGGCGCUGAGUGUUGAUGGGGAGGACGUGCAGGCGGAUGCGGUGAUGGAGGCUUCUGCCUCGGCUAUCCCACUGCCUGUGUCGCGGCUGCAAGCACCUCGGCGGCAACGACGCACCCGCAACUAA